AUGAGAGGAAGCGAUCGCUCCUUGCCAUCCUGUCUCUUAUGCACCAAGCUACAUCUUAUCUGCGUAUAUCCAACCCUCCGCCUCAAACCUGGCCCGAAAGGUGACUCAUCCCAACGGUUGCUAGAGGAUCUCUCGACAAAUGGAGAUCGGAAAAGCUCUAUCGGGAGGAGCUCUUGGCGGAAAGAUCAUGUCAGCUACCUCGAGGGCAACGGCUGUGACUUCAGUCUUUGUGAUGAGGAUUCGCCGAAUGAGCACAGUGCAGAGUCUUAUGACAUUCAAUCCAAUUCCACCGAUGUGGAAAGUAAUUUUGUCAAGGCCAUCGGUCUUUCUGCUCUAAUCCACCCUACGCAUGAUCUUUGCUUACUUCCGGUGCCCAUGAGGCAAGAAACAACAUCGUCUGGGUCUCUUUUAAACCUUGCUGGAGCACAGAAUCUACUCAUGGACGCCUGCAUUGCCUUUGAUCUGUCACUUGAGGGCUUCCAACACUUAACGGAUAUAUACUUUGACUCCAUGACUGAAUUCUCACUGUUUCAUCGGCCUUCCUUUGGGAAUAAGAUCCAGAACAUCAAGAAUCCCGGCCACCUCCAGGCUUUUUUCGCGUCUAUGUUUGCUUAUUCUGCCAGUUUUCAUAUUGAUGACGCUGUUGAUCUUACGGCCCACAUUUGGACUUCGUCAUGCACGCCUGAUCCAAUGCGUUUCCACAACCUAGCAUUGAGAUUAAUUAACACAUCCUUGGAUGAGUGCUCUGACCAGCCGCCAAGCAUUUGCUUGCUUCAAGCCAUGAUUCUGAUCACCUUUUGUGAACUGACAAAAGGCGUCCGUGGCCGAGCGUGGAGGCUCCUAGGCUCAUGUGUUCGGGUAGCGUACGAACUUCACCUGCAUCUGAUCGACUACGAAGCGCGUGACGAAUAUUACAAGGUAGGUCAGGAUCUUUCACGUUGGAUUGCGGAUGAAGAGCGACGACGAUGCUGGUGGGCUAUCUGGAAAAUGGACAACUUUGCCAGUGUCAUUCGGCGAUGUCCCACCGCCAUCGACUGGAACAUGAUCGAUACCUAUCUUCCUGUCUCGGACGAACUUUGGUUUAACAACCAAUUCCAACGCAGUUGCUUACUCGAAAGGGAACCGACCACCCGAGCAGAAAUAUUGAAAAGCUGUGGAAACGAGGGUGCAGAUGCAUGGUUGAUUGUCAUCAGCUCCAUCAUGAGGGAUGCGCAAGUACUCCUCAGAGGGAACCUCCGAGGAGUAUUGCUAGACGUGGACCCUCAUAACGCCUCUGAGCAACUCCUGCACUACUUCCACAAUUCCUUUUGCAGAAAAAAGACAGACAAAGACUCGACACGAUUGAAAACGUUGAUUCGUGCUCUGCGGACUACGAUCUCAAGUUUACCGAAAUCCCUUGUUUAUAAUGGAGAAUACCUUGACUUUGGCUUCGACUUUUUGAGGGGAGUUCGUGACUCCGAAACCAAAAGACUUCACAGCGCGAAGUACAACAUCCAUCUCACAAUGAACCUAGCGCAAUUUAUGGUUUACCAUCAUUAUGCUUUUGGUGAAAUUGUCUCUGGGGUGAUCUUCACGGAGAAGGACACCAAACAAGAAGUCUUACCGCAAGAGGAACGAACAUCCGAAAAUGCGCUAGGUCUAGAACAGUGUCUUCAGGCCGCUGAUUAUAUUUAUAUCCUUACUUCUCAUUGCCCAGAGGAUCAUGUUAAAUACGUGAACCCUUUUCUUGCUAGCACAGUGUGGCUUUCCGCAUCGCUUCAAGUCCUGCGGAAGCUAUUCGGGAAGAAAGUAGAUCUGGAGGAGACGCUAUCAAAAUAUGCCAUUCUACGUGCCACCUGCGAACGAUUUACUGCGUUUUGGCAUACACCUCUGGCAUUGUUAGAAAACCUGGACUCCCUGGAGGCCCGUCUGAGCCCAUACUGCAACUUCCCCCCGGGUACCACUGCCCCUCACGAAGCCCCACACGGUUUGAAUAUGCCCAUGCCAUUCAGCGUAUCUGGAGAGACUCGGGUUCAAAAACCCAGUACUCGGACCAAUAGGCCGAAAACAUCUCAGCAGGACCUACAGCCAUUAUUGCCACGAGCCGAUGGUGAUUUGAAUCCUAUAUCGGAAGUGCGCGUUUCACCUACAGCACAAUAUCAACGCCGCGACAAUGAAAACAGCAGCAAUGCCAAUCUCACUCCAAAUCCACCACUACAUGACGAUUAUAACAAUGUUGACCAAAGCCUGUCUAGUGGGCAGAAUUUACCAACUAGCGCUUGGAGGGAGGAUACGGAGAUCCAUGGCGGACUAGAUAAUUGGUUUCCGCAAUGCCUUUCGGACAUCUUCACUGAAGCAUUUGGCAAUGAAAGCGUGGAGAAUCUUUACCAUGGCCCAUGA